UAUGCCAUGUUUUCGCAUAGAUUGGGCCCAGAUGAACCAACAUACGCCGAUUUUGUGGGAAGAGUGCCAGGGAAAGUGAAGAGGGCUGGAUACGCCAAAUUACAAAGCUUUUGCAAGAAGGCCAGAGAGAUUGGAUGUGACUUUGCUUGGUCAGACACAUGCUGUAUCCAAGCAGCGGACAAGGCAGAGCUGGAGGAGGAGACCCAGUCCAUAUUCCGUUGGCAUACCAACUCGCAUGUUUGCAUCGCUUACCUGAGCGACUCCAACGGAACGCAAAACAUGUUUGACGAUACGUGGUUCAAGCGUAGCUGGACGCUCCAGGAUCUUCUUGGGCCAGAUCGCCUCAAGCUCUAUGGGUCCAACUGGGGCGAGCUUUUCCCGGAUGUAGAGAACGACAAAGCGCCGGGAAGCCAUUCUCUGAAGCGCUUAUCUGAAAUAACACAUAUUCCAGCUGAAGACAUCGCACACUUCAAACCCGGAACAGAUAGGAUCAGCGAGAAGAUGAUGUGGGCUGCGAGACGACGCACUACCCGCGCUGAGGAUGUCGCCUAUAGUCUCAUAGGUAUCUUCGAUGUUAGUAUCCCAAUCAUAUACGGAGAAGGAGAGCGCGCGUUUUUCCGCCUGAUGGAGGCCAUCAUUCAACGGUGUAAUCACUGGGACAUCUUCGCAUGG